GUGGGUCAUUUGCAAUCUGCAUCGCUGCCGUUCAAAUUUGGCGGCUUAUGAAUAGUUUAGUGGCCAAAACCGAUUUAUGGCUCGUGUGGGAUACACGGGACUUGACGCACUUUCACUUUUGUUCCUCUCUGUUCUUCCAUCUAAACCACAACCAUGGCUUCUCUGCUGGCUAAUGGAAUUUCUAGCUUUUCUCCCCAACCUAUCUCCGAUUCAGCUAAAUUAUCCAAACCCUUUCCCUUUCCUUUGAAAUCCACCGUCCCCAGAACCCCCAGACCGGCAAAUCUAGUCAAGAUCCGCGCUGAUGUCGGCUUUGAAUCCAAGACCAUCGACACGGAUUCAGGUAAUAGAGCUUCCACUUCAAUUUCUAGUUCUGAUGAUAAAAUUCGGGAAAUUCUUCGUAAUCGCGACUACGACAAGAAAUUUGGGUUUAAUAUGGAUAUUGACUCCUUUUCGAUCCCUAAAGGUCUUUCCAAGGAAACAGUCAGGUUAAUUUCUUCGCUAAAAGAGGAACCCCAUUGGAUGCUUGAGUUUAGAUUAAAUGCUUUCGACAAAUUCUUGAAAAUGAAGGAGCCUAAAUGGUCUGAUAAUAUGUAUCCACCAAUUGAUUUUCAAGAUAUUUGUUAUUAUUCAGCUCCUAAAAAGAAACCCACUUUGAAUAGUCUUGAUGAGGCUGAUCCAGAACUUCUUAUGUACUUUGAUAGACUUGGUGUGCCUUUGAAUGAAAGGAAUAGAUUGGCUAAUGUUGCGGUUGAUGCAGUUCUUGAUAGUGUUUCAAUUGCUACAACACAUAGGCAGACUCUAGAAAAGGCUGGUGUGAUUUUUUGUUCAAUAUCUGAGGCUAUAAAGAAGUAUCCAGAUUUGGUUAGGAAGUAUUUGGGGAGAGUUGUGCCUAGUGAGGAUAACUACUAUGCAGCUUUGAAUUCUGCUGUGUUUAGUGAUGGGUCAUUUUGUUAUAUACCAAAGGAUACUAAGUGCCCAAUGCAGAUUUCUACAUAUUUUAGGAUUAAUGCCAUGGAAACGGGACAAUUUGAGAGGACUUUGAUUGUUGCUGAGGACAGGAGUUUUGUGGAGUACUUGGAAGGAUGCACUGCACCAUCUUACGACACAAACCAGCUUCAUGCAGCUGUAGUUGAGCUGUAUUGUGCUGAGGGUGCAGAAAUUAAGUACUCCACGGUGCAGAAUUGGUAUGCUGGUGACGAGCAAGGAAAGGGUGGGAUCUAUAAUUUUGUUACAAAGCGAGGACUUUGUGCAGGGGAUAGGUCUAAGAUAUCUUGGACUCAGGUGGAGACGGGGUCUGCAAUUACUUGGAAGUACCCAAGUGUUGUAUUGGAGGGGGAUGAUACUGUGGGAGAGUUCUAUUCUGUUGCUUUGACAAAUAACUAUCAGCAGGCAGAUACAGGGACCAAAAUGAUACACAAGGGAAAGAAUACCAGAAGUCGAAUUAUUUCAAAAGGUAUUUCAGCUGGGAAUUCCAGAAACUGUUAUAGGGGACUUGUUCAAAUUCAGUCAAAGGCAGACAAUGCUCGAAACUCUUCACAGUGUGACUCAAUGCUUAUCGGUGACACUGCAGCUGCCAAUACCUAUCCUUAUAUUCAGGUGAAGAACCCCACAGCUCGUGUUGAGCAUGAAGCCAGCACAUCUAAAAUUGGUGAAGAUCAGCUAUUUUACUUUCAGCAGAGAGGGAUCGACUAUGAAAAGGCCAUGGCUGCUAUGAUUUCUGGGUUCUGUCAGGAUGUCUUCAAUGAACUUCCUGAUGAAUUUGGUGCCGAGGUGAACCAACUGAUGAGCUUGAAGCUAGAGGGAUCAGUGGGUUAAAAUGCUGCUGAGAUCCAUAUCUUUCUGUUGUUACCUAUUCGAGAAGGUUUGUAAGGUUCAAUUUGUAAAUGCACCAAUAAAAGGAGUUGUAUACCUUGUAGUUCCAGACUGAAUCAUGAAUCAUCUGUAACCUUUUGUUUCUGCCUCCAAAUAAAAUAAAAUAGGAAAUCAUAUGUAACAUUUUAGUAACAGGAGCUGGAACUUGAGACAUCCUAAUAGUGCUGAGAUGUAACAUACUGGAGCCUGAAAUGAAGGCUGGGUUUGAUGAAUAAUUGCUUCCAUGGUGCUCUGAA